CUAUCAAGGAAGCGAAAUGGUUGUACACAAAUGAAAACAAAAGAAAUUUGAUCGAAGCCUGUGAAACAUUUAUAUUUGAUCUUGACGGUGUAAUAUGGCUGCAAAAAAACUUAAUUCCUGGUGCUACAGAGCUUGUGGAAUGCUUAAGAAACAUGGGAAAGAAAGUUUUCUUUAUAACCAAUAAUAACGACAUUUCAAGGGACAACUUCCUAAAAAAGUUUGACAAAUUUGGUAUGAAAGUUAGCAAGACUGAGAUCUACACAGCAGCAUUUGCAACUGCUUAUUACAUGAAACACAUUGUUAAGUUUGAUAAAAAGGUGUACAUGAUUGGUGGUAAAGGAUUAUCAGAGGAAUUAACUGCUGUAGGAAUACCUAACAUUGGAUAUGGUCGUGAUGAUGUUAAAGAUGAUUUUAAUAUUCAAUAUGAUGUGGACUUUAAUUUGGACCCCGAGGUGGGGGCUGUAGUUAGUGGAUAUGAUAAGUUUAUUAGCAUUAAUAAACUUAUCAAAGCUAGCAGUUAUUUGGCGAGAGAUUCAUCUUGUCUCUUUGUUGCUACAAACCCUGAUGACAGAAUGCCAGUACCUAAAUCAAAAGACUACAUUAUUCCAGGUAUUGUUUCAUGAAAUAUGAUUUCUACAUACCGUAUUUACUCGAAUAGAUGCCGCGGCGUUUAUUU